AUGAGGGCUGUUAAUUUUGUUCAGAGACUGCAGUGGGAUAUUAAUGGCAAUGUUCUGACUCAUGGAAUUGUCAUUGGUGACGUUGACAAUGAUGGAGACAAUGAAUUAGUCGUUGGUACUUCAGAAGGAGAUCUCUACAUUUUUAAAGGAACUGAAGUCUGGCAUAAGACAACUGGACUAGGAUUGAUAUCCUGCGUCGCUAUAGGUGAUAUUUUUAAUUAUGGACGAAAUGCAUUGGUUGUAGUAUGUGGCGAUGGUUGGGUUCACAUUUAUUACAGUCCACGGUCAGUUAAUCCCAGUAUAAAUUCUACUUAUUCACAAGUCAUUAAUAAAGAGUUUUUAGAUAAAAUGGGUGGAAUUAAUUUUGACCACUUUUCAAGUUCCACGGAGUCGGAUCAACUGUCUAGUAAAAUGGAGUGUGUACAUUUACAGAGAAUUCCUACAAAUACAAAAUUUAUUCUGAUCGCAGAUGUAGACCGUGAUGGUGCUAAUGAAAUGAUUCUCGGAUUAACAGAUCGUGUUGUUAGGUCUUACAGAUGGUCGAGUAACGCCGAUUUAGGUACUGGUAAACUUAUUGGAUUAAAUAAAUGGGAGUGUGCUAAUCAAAUUGGCACUGUAACACUCCAGCAUAUGAGUGACGGCACUCCGACAUUACUAGUAGCUCAACCAGGAGGUACAUUUAUGCGUAUAAAAUGUAACCGAGAUGACUGCGAACUAAGAGAUGAUGAUUCCAAGAGCGAAGCAGCUGCAAGUUGCGUUGAUUAUCAAACUCUGGGAAUCUCCAGAAUGCGAAACCCGAAUAUCUCAACUGCCAUUAUCGGAAACUUGGAACCUGGUACCACAAAAUAUCUAGUCUCCGAUGAAUCACCACCAAAAUUCGUGCCAAAAGACACUAGUGUUAAGCAUACAUUUGAAAGUUCAACAAAAGAGAAGAAGGAAUUCAAAACAGGAUCCCUUGAAUUCAAACGUAACUACUCGCAGCUAGACACUCGGAAGCGAAGCUUAGACGAGGGUGUAGGCAAAAGAGAUAACAUUAUUCGCGAGCCCACAAGAGUUGACGAAGGAAGUUCUGAUGUUGAUCAAGUCGAUGGCAAUGUACUUGGUGGGAACAUUAUCCUAGGAGACUUUGAAAGCAAUUCGCCUAAAAAAUCCGUCUUACCAACGUAUGAUGAUUUCUCACAUACCAAACUCAGUUCUGAUGAAUCAACGCAAGAAGCCGUCGAUGUUAAUGUUAAUUCAAAUGAUAAAGUUAUUAUUAAUAGCAAACCCUAUGCGCUAGCCACUCUCGAUGGUACAAUUAUGCUUGUUAAAGAUGAAAUUAUUUUAUGGGCGAUGCAAGUAGAUCAUUUGAUAUUCGCGUUAUCGCGAUUAGACGUAACGGGCGAUGGUUCUGAUAAAAUAGUAGUGUGUGCUUGGGACGGACUCACUUAUUUCCUCGAUCAGGAGUGCAAUUCCGUACGGUUUCAAUUUGAAGAACCCGUGAGAGCUUUCUGCGCUGGAAAUUACAGUUUGAGUGCCGGCACAUCAACACCCAGCGUUGUUUACGCAACUUUUACUAAUAAGAUUUUUUUGUAUUACGACGUAAUGCUUCCAAGUAUACUCGCCAAAGGCCUAGAUCCGCUGGAGACUCUGUCACCGGAACAGAAAAAAAUGAUAGACAAUUUAUUCGGUGAAUGCUCAGACUCUGAGAGAGACAAAAAGAUGCAGCAACUCACUGAGUACUUAUUAUACGGAAUGAAGGUUGACGAGUAAGGUCUGGUGUCCAAUGUCUAGAUGACGGUGUAAAUUUAAAAAAAUAAUAUAUACAUAUAGAUAUAUUGAAGUUUUAUACAUAAAAGAAGACUAUAAAUAAAUAAAAAUAUAUUAAGAAAUAUUAUUUAUUAUUAUAAAGGUUGCUGAAGAAAAAUGUGAAUGAAAAAGGUAAAAAUUGUGGUAGAUUAGAAAGAUCUAUUCUCGAGUGACAAAAGAAAAACAAGAUCUAUAGGCAGGAUUUAAAAAAUGAGAUUUAUUUAAAUUUAUCUCUAUUUAAAUAUGACAAAGUUACUAUGAAAUAAAAAGGAUAAACGAGUAAGUCGUGACGUGACACCGACCAAAAAUAAAUAAAAUGAUAGAAUAUAAAAAUAUUAUAUUGUAUAUAGACAAGAAUAAAAUAUAAAAAAAAAAAAUUGAAAACGAAGAAGAAGAGUAUAAUCUUAACUGGAGAAAGACGUAUGUUAUAAAGGAUCCCCUGUCGACCGCAUUCCACGAGCCAUUUUAUUUUAUUGGCCCGAUACGAAGGGUGUCAAAUGUAACACGACAACGGGCCCACCUACCUAAUAUAUUACUCAGUGGGCCAGAGACCGGAGAUCCACUUUGGACACCUAAACAUAGGACUUGAAUUUUGUAUCAAGAAUUUUAAAAUAAAAAAUAAAAAAAUAUAAAUAUACAUUAUAUUUUCAGAUACCCGUGAAAAAAGAUACGGAUUUUUAUAAAAGGACACUACCAAUACCUACUUUAUACUCUAUAUACUAUAUACUAUACCUAGUACAGCUCUUUCGAGUAUUGUAAACUUGACAUGACAUAUUUUUGACAGAUUUUGUCUGAUUUGGUGUCGAGUGACAGGUCUAAGGGGCUGGAAGCACCUAAGGUUUUUCUCGCGGUUGACGUCACGCGAUCAUAAUCACGCAGGGUGUUUUAAAACGAAAGCAAGAUAAGAACUAUGCAUUGUUAUUCAAUAUGAUGACAAGUAAAUGACGGUAUACAUGAUGUCCUAUUGUUGUGUGGACUAUACUCGUGUACCUCGCAAUUCUUUCUGUUUGGAAACGUGUCCAGAUCAUUCCAUAGAGACUGGAGAUGUUGCCAGGGGCGUUUCCAUUCAUUCGUCAGAUUUUUUAUUAUAUUCCCACUUAUUCUUGGUGGAUCGUCUCAAUUCGUACACAACACACAUCUUAUUUUGUCCUGGCUCUAAAGCUCCAGCCCAGAGCAACAUAGAUCCUUACUUAUACUCACAUUUAUUAUAUGCCCAUGUGUAUGCAUUAUAGGGCCCAAUA